AUGAGCAGAAAGGCUCGAUAGCACGUCUCGAUAGGUAGGAUUUUAUGACAGAACACUUGCCCCUUUUGGGGCCCCGAUGGGAGUGUCGCCGCUCUGUGUCUGAAAGGGAAAGAAGCUACUGCUGUACGGUCUACACCCUUUUCUUCGUGAAGUUUAAUUUCGAGCCAGGAGCUUCCUUGCAAGGGAGAGUGAAGAAUGGAAUUAAAGUUAAUUAAUGACUCUGUUCUGGAGUCAUGGAAGAUGAUUGGCAAAGGCGGAUUUGGGCAAGUCUAUAAGGCCAGACAUAAAACAUGGGGAAAAGAUGUAGCUGUCAAAGUGUUGCAUCAAAGUGACAGCUCGGCUUUGAAAAAGGAGGUGCUUCUGAUGUGCAAGGCCAGCAGUUUUCAUGUAGUCCAAAUCAUUGGGGAGUACAAUGGCUUUCCUCCGGACACUAAAUCAGUUACCUCACUGCAAGGCUUGGUGAUGGAGUACAUGGAGAGAGGAUCUUUAGAGGCCCUUCUGAAGAACCUGGAUGGACCUCCACCGUGGCCCCUGGUUCUCCGCUUUGCACAUCAUGUGGCUGUUGGCCUGAAUUUUCUCCAUGGACUCAUCCCACAAAUGCUUCACCUUGACCUCAAACCCAGCAAUGUAUUGUUAGAUAGCAGCCUCAACGCCAAGGUUACAGAUUUUGGCUUAGCCAGGAUUCUCAGUAGCACUUCCCUUUCCAAAAAAAGUGUAGGUGGUACAACAAGCUACAUGCCCCCAGAAGCCUUCAGUUUGUCUUACCAACCCAAACCUGCUUCUGAUGUUUAUAGCUAUGCUAUACUUCUGUGUUCCAUUAUCAAAGGAGAACAGCCCUAUCCCCACGCUAUGUCCUCCGUGGUGAGGCUUUGUAUUCCUGGAGGAGGUCGGCCUGAUCUUAAUAAACUGCCUUUCAGUAGUGAGGCAAAGGGACUUGAGGAUGUACUGCACCUCAUAAAGAGAUGCUGGGAUGGAGACCCUCAGGAAAGGCCCAGUAUCUCUGUUUGCAUGCAAGAGACUGAAAGAUUGCUGGAGCCACUGGAAUAUGAGGUCAUCAAUGCUGUCCAUGAGGUUUUGACAUCAUUGACUCGUGGAAAAAGUGUGUUCCCAUCAUCCCUGGAUUCCCCGCCUGUUACUACUCCCCCACCAGUUUACAUGCCCAGCAAAACCGGAAAUCACGACAGAGGUGAUGGGGAAGUGAUGACGGUCCCACCCAUGAUGAGUGUCAGUCCUGAUUCUGAAGACUCCAAGCUAAUCAGUAUAAACCAGGACAUACUUCCGAAAUACAAGAUGGAUGCAAAUCCUUGCGGACUCUGCUUGAUCAUAAAUAAUGAGAAGUAUUUACCUGAGAGUUGCCUGAAUAGACGCAUUGGAUCCAAAAUCGAUUGCAAAAAGCUUGAAAAGCGAUUCAAGUCCUUCAACUUCAUCGUUGAUGUUCAGUCUGACCUGACGGAUAAGGAAUUAAGGCAGCAAUUGUUAACCCUUUCUAAGAAGGACCAUACGAAAUAUGACUGCUGCAUUGUGGUCAUUUUGUCUCAUGGCUCUAAGUCAGGCCGCCACCUCUACGGUGCUGUUCAUGGAGUGGACGGGCCAUCGGUUACCGUUGAGGACAUUACAAGGUUCCUCAAUGGGGAUUGCUGUCCCUCACUCCAGGGCAAGCCCAAGCUCUUCUUCAUCCAGGCCUGCACUGGAGAUGCAAUGGACAAAGGAAGUAAUGUGUCCCCUGAAGAGGCCAGCCCAUCCCUCGCUGGGGCGGAUGAGGAAACAGAUGUCAUUCCCACAACAUCUGGCAGCAACUCCCUCAACGUGUCAGACGAGCCAGAUGCCUGCAAUUCACUGCCAGUACCCAGUGACAUCCUGGUGUCAUACUCUACUUACCCCGGGUAUGUCUCAUGGAGGAACCCGCAGACUGGCUCCUGGUACGUGGAGACCCUGGACGAGAUCUUGGCAGAGCAUGCUGCAACAUCUGAUCUGGUUACCAUGCUGACGAUGGUCAACAACAAGGUCGCACAGAAUUCUGCUAAAGGCAUCUACAAACAGAUGCCAGCCUCCUUCAAUUCUCUGCGAAACCUUCUCUACUUCCAAAGUUGUCCCCAGGUCCACAGUUAGGGACGCCAUGGAAUGGCCCAGGACGUUUGUACGGUGCUGUUUUCCCUCAGUUCAAUGCAGAUAGAACCUGGAUUAUAGUUUUCUGCAUCAGUACACUGGAGUCGGAUGUGCAGAUCUCAGUGCUGAGAUAAUCACAGGCAAAUGAUGAAUAAGCCAUGGAAUGAUUAAUGUGAGAUACGUAUCAUGAUUGUUUAUAAAGUGCAUUUUAAACGUACAUUUUCUGAUCCAGCUCACAUAUAUUGAAAUGGUCUUGGGGGAAAAAAGGUAUUUUGCCAGUGGCUUCAGCAUUUAUCUGGGUAUAUCAAUUUUCAGUACCUAUCUGUAUAAACAUAAUAUUUAGUACUCUUCACUUCACUGAAUGAGCUGUUUUUUGGCUUUCGAUCCCUUGUGAGAUAUUGAUUUUAGUUUAUUUUAUUUGAUGGUAUAUCAUCUUAUUUUGUAUAUGCGCUUAUUUUAUGAACUUUUAUUUACCUACAAUUGUUUCAUUGUAAAUUCUCUGUACAGCACUUUGGUCAUGUGUGGUUGUUUUUAAGUGCUUCAUAAAUAAAGUAUGGUAUGGUAUGGUAA